AUCAAUAGAAAAACAUCAUCCCUUCCAUUACUUCGUCUAAAAAGGUUUCUGAAAAUUUUUGUAGAAGCAAAACUGAGUAAGUAGGUCAAGGAAUGGCUUCGUUGGCAGGCUUGCUUGGCUCUUCUCAAGCUGUCAUGGAAGGCAGCCUUCAGCUUAGUGGCUCAGGCCGCUUUACCACAGCUAGCAGCAGCAAGAUCGCCCUGGCCAGACCAAAUUUCAGCAUUAGAGCCCAGCAAGGGUCAGCUGAGACAGAAACCAGCCGCCGCGCCAUGUUGGGACUUGUUGCAGCUGGGAUUGCUACAGGUUCUUUUGUUCAAGCCGUACUAGCUAUUGAAGCAAAGCCCAUCAAGGUUGGACCACCACCACUACCCUCCGGUGGACUGCCUGGAACUAUGAAUUCUGACGAGCCAAGAGACCUUGAUUUGCCCCUGAAGUCCAGGUUUUUCAUUCAACCAUUGCCACCAGAUCAGGCAGCAUCAAGGGCAAAGGAAUCUGCCAAAGAUAUUCUCAACGUGAAGGCAUUUAUAGACAAGAAGGCAUGGCCUUACGUCCAAAAUGACCUGCGCUCAAAGGCAGAGUACCUCCGUUAUGACCUCAACACUGUGAUUGCCGCUAAGCCUAAAGACGAGAAGAAAGCCCUUAAAGAGCUCACAGGAAAGCUCUUCCAGGACAUUGACAAUCUGGACCAUGCAGCAAAGAUCAAGAGCAGCCCAGAGGCAGAAAAGUGCUAUGCUGAAACUGUUUCCACUCUGAAUAAUGUUCUUGCCAAGCUUGGUUAGAAAGAUGUAAAUGCACAAUGUUGUAAGAUUUCAUUUUGAGUCAAUGAGAUACUUUGUGUUAUGUAAUUUCUCAUAAUUGAUUCUCUCAAUCAUUGAACAAUCUGAAAGCAAAUAAACAACUUCGAAAAAAACUCA